AGUCCUCUUCAGCCACUGCCACAGAAUCAAAUUUAUUUUGAAUGAAUAUGUGCAUUUGCAUUUGGAAUUUUUGAGAAAUUUGCAUUUUGAUGAUGAUAGGCACGAUCUUGUUGUUGGAGGGUUUCUUCGAUUUGAUUUCUGUCAAUUGCGUUUUCAUGUAUGAUCCUGACCAGUUUUUGAUAAUUCGCAUUUGAGAUUCUAAUUGUGUGUGAAUUGUUUUUUCUGGGUUUUUAUUAUUGGAACCCAAACCGACACAUGGUGCUAUGCGUCGCAUCCGUCCAUUAUCGUUCACAUACGCCACGGGGACGUCCGCUGGGAAAGAUCAUAUUAGAGAGGAGGUUGUACGACUAGGAGUCGAGCUCUCAGUCUCUGUAGCUGAAUCCAUGUUCUUGCUCUGUGAUGACAUUCAUACCAUGUUGUGGUUCUGCUUUAAGCUGUGGAAGUAUACAUUACCUCCCUCUUCUCCUGUGUCAGAAAGGCUGCUUCGCGUUUUUCACUAUGUCUACUCAAAGGACAUCAAACCCAAGAACAGGGGAUUUUGUUGUCCGGAUGGUGGCAACUCGGUCCAUUGGGAAUUCGUCAAGACCACUUGGAAGGAUUUUACCGACGGGGUCAUUGUUUUGGAUCGCCUUGUUUUGCUUCUCAGGAAGAAAGAUUGCUCUUUCGAUGAUCGGCUGUUAUCUUCCGCUGUUGAAAAUUACAAGCAACAAGUUCUCAAGAAGCUAGAGGACAAAUUGUUGUUCGCAAAAGAUGUUUCAGAGCUGAAUGGUUUUGCCAGGGAGAUUGUUGCGUCUAACGUUUCUGACCUGUGGAAGUCUCUCUUUGACGAAGAAGAAGAAGCUGGCGAACCAAGUCCAGAAGUGACGAGGAAUAGGAUUAUUAGCGACCUGUUUCAGCCUAUAUUGGGCGAUUCCUGCCAUUGCGAGAUAACGACACUGCCCGUUACUUCUCCUUACAUUCUAGGGUCAGAAUUUGCAAUGCAGGGGAUUAGAGAGGAGGUUGUGCAACUAGGAGUUGAGCUCUCGCUAUGUGUGGCUGAGUCGAUGUUCUUGCUGAGUGAUGAAAUCCGGAGUGUUUUACAGUUCUGCUUGAAGUUGUGGAGAAGUGUUAGGAGGUUCCGGAAAACUGGUAGUCCCGUUGGAGAAAGGCUGCUUCGUGUGAUGCAUCAUGUCUACUCAAGAAAUAUCAAACCGAAGAAUGGAGUGUAUCACAGUGGUUACAAGUCGGUCCAUUGGGAUUUGAUCAGGACGACUUGGGAGGAUUUUGUUGCUGGAAUCAGAGAUUUGCACAAUCUUUUUAUGAGACUCGAAGUAAAUGGAACCUCGCUCUCAGUCUCUGUAGCUGAAUCCAUGUUCUUGCUCUGUGAUGACAUUCAUACCAUGUUGUGGUUCUGCUUUAAGCUGUGGAAGUAUACAUUACCUCCCUCUUCUCCUGUGUCAGAAAGGCUGCUUCGCGUUUUUCACUAUGUCUACUCAAAGGACAUCAAACCCAAGAACAGGGGAUUUUGUUGUCCGGAUGGUGGCAACUCGGUCCAUUGGGAAUUCGUCAAGACCACUUGGAAGGAUUUUACCGACGGGGUCAUUGUUUUGGAUCGCCUUGUUUUGCUUCUCAGGAAGAAAGAUUGCUCUUUCGAUGAUCGGCUGUUAUCUUCCGCUGUUGAAAAUUACAAGCAACAAGUUCUCAAGAAGCUAGAGGACAAAUUGUUGUUCGCAAAAGAUGUUUCAGAGCUGAAUGGUUUUGCCAGGGAGAUUGUUGCGUCUAACGUUUCUGACCUGUGGAAGUCUCUCUUUGACGAAGAAGAAGAAGCUGGCGAACCAAGUCCAGAAGUGACGAGGAAUAGGAUUAUUAGCGACCUGUUUCAGCCUAUAUUGGGCGAUUCCUGCCAUUGCGAGAUAACGACACUGCCCGUUACUUCUCCUUACAUUCUAGGGUCAGAAUUUGCAAUGCAGGGGAUUAGAGAGGAGGUUGUGCAACUAGGAGUUGAGCUCUCGCUAUGUGUGGCUGAGUCGAUGUUCUUGCUGAGUGAUGAAAUCCGGAGUGUUUUACAGUUCUGCUUGAAGUUGUGGAGAAGUGUUAGGAGGUUCCGGAAAACUGGUAGUCCCGUUGGAGAAAGGCUGCUUCGUGUGAUGCAUCAUGUCUACUCAAGAAAUAUCAAACCGAAGAAUGGAGUGUAUCACAGUGGUUACAAGUCGGUCCAUUGGGAUUUGAUCAGGACGACUUGGGAGGAUUUUGUUGCUGGAAUCAGAGAUUUGCACAAUCUUUUUAUGAGACUCGAAGUAAAUGGAACCUCGGGGAUUAGAGAGGAGGUUGUGCAACUAGGAGUUGAGCUCUCGCUAUGUGUGGCUGAGUCGAUGUUCUUGCUGUGUGAUGAAAUCUGGAGUGUGUUACAGUUCUGCUUGAAGUUGUGGAAAAGUGUUAGGAGGUUCCGGAAAACUGGUAGUCCCGUUGGAGAAAGGCUGCUUCGUGUGAUGCAUCAUGUCUACUCAAGAAAUAUCAAACCGAAGAAUGGAGUGUAUCACAGUGGUUACAAGUCGGUCCAUUGGGAUUUGAUCAGGACGACUUGGGAGGAUUUUGUUGCUGGAAUCAGAGAUUUGCACAAUCUUUUUAUGAGACUCGAAGUAAAUGGAACCUCGGCAGGUGGACGAGAGUAUACGUCUCGUGUUAAAGAAUUGCUGAAGAAGGUCAAGGAGAAGUUGAGGUGUGCCAAGGAUGUUUUAGAGGCAAAUGGGUUUGCGAUGGAAGCCAUGGAGUCUAACAUUUUGGGUUUGUGGAAGUCUCUUUUUAACCGAGUUACCGAGGAAGCAUGGGCUCGAAACGCGAUGAGGCGUGAGAUAAUUAUGGACUUGUUUCAGCCUCUAUUGAAAGAAACAGAAGAAGCAAAACAGCAUUAG